AUGCACAGUGCGUAUUCUUCCCAAAAACAACCAUCAGUAUCUGCGGCUACAAUAAUGCUCAGUCAGUGUUCUCUACAAGACCGUCCAGAGGUUAUUCAGAAGAACAGUUACUGUAUGGUGCGACAGUACUCAUCGGAACUAACCGGUCCCAACGCGUUACGUAUACAGAGACGAAACGCCGUUGGGAACCUCUUUGAAGGAAUUGAUUUGGCAGUUAUUAAACAGUUAGCCGAACUUAGUGGACAAAAAUUGCAGUAA